AUGAGGCUGAAGGAAAUUCAAAGGACUGCCCACCAGGCGUGGAGUCCUGCUGGACACCAUCCUAUCCACCUGGCCUUAGGAACAUCAGCACAACAGCUUGAUGCUUCUUUUAACACCACAGCUGCUAUAGAAAUAUUUGAGAUGGAUUUUGCUGAUCCGUCUCUGGAGAUGCAGCUCAAAGGUUCGUUGCCCACCCCAAACAGGUUGCACAGUAUUGUAUGGGUAAAUUUUGGAACUGGAGAAGAUGGCACCGGAGGGAGAGUUGUUGGCGGAAGUGAAAAUGGCACAUUGACUGUAUAUAAUCCAGAGGCUAUAAUAAAUUCUGGUGCAGAUGCAAUAAUCGGGCAGUCUGACAAACAUACAGGACCGGUCCGUGCACUUGAUUUCAAUCCGUUUCAGAAUAAUCUUCUUGCAUCUGGAGCGAAUGACUCAGAAAUAUACAUCUGGGAUCUAAAUAACUUCAGCAGCCCAAUGACUCCAGGAGCAAAAACACAGCCUGUUGAAGACAUCAGUGUUGUUUCCUGGAACAGGCAGGUUCAGCACAUCAUGGCUUCUGCUAACCCUAGUGGGAAAGCGGUUGUGUGGGACCUGAGGAAGAAUGAGCCCAUCAUAAAGAUCAGUGAUCACAGCAACAGAAUGCACUGUUCAGGAAUGCUGUGGCACCCUGAUGUGGCCACCCAGUUGGUAUUGGCUUCGGAAGAUGACCGACUGCCAGUCAUUCAAAUGUGGGACCUUCGUUUUGCCACGUCUCCCCUUAAAGUGCUUGAAAACCACAAACGAGGAAUUUUGUCCAUUUCUUGGAGCCAGGCUGAUUCAGAGCUCCUUUUGAGUAGUGCUAAAGACAACAGGAUCCUCUGCUGGAAUCCAAACACUGGAGAGGUCAUUUAUGAGCUUCCAACGACAAACCAGUGGUGUUUUGAUGUGCAGUGGUGCCCCAGGAAUCCAGCCCUCCUUUCAACAGCAUCAUUUGAUGGGAGAAUCACAGUUUACUCUGUGAUGGGAGGGAGCUUGAAGGCUCAGCAGCAAAGCACCGCUGAUAUGAUAUCGUCCUCAUUUGAUUCAAUGGAUCCCUUUGGGACAGGACAAGUGCUGCCCCCUCUACAAGUUCCCCAGCCCAGUGUGCAGGACACCAUCAUCCCUCCUCUGAAGAAGCCACCUAAAUGGGUGCGCAGGCCGGUUGGAGCUUCCUUUGGUUUUGGUGGAAAGCUGAUAACCUUUGAGAAUCCAAAGCUUCCUCCGGCGCAGAGCCCCCAGCCUCUCCCCAGACAGGUCUUUGUGAGCCAGGUUACCACGGAGACAGAGUUCCUCCAGCGCUCCAGGGAGCUUCAGGCCGCGCUGCAGUCGGGUUCGUUCAACAACUACUGCCAGGCCAAGAUUCAGAACGCCAAGUCCGAUUCGGAACAGGACAUUUGGAAGUUCCUUCUGGUGAACUUUGAGGACGAGGCCCGCAUUAAAUUCCUUAAACUUUUGGGUUUCAGCAAAGAUGAAUUGGAGAGAAAGAUUUCAAAAUGUUUGGGGAAGAAUUUCCAGUCCAACGGUCAUGGAGUUGAUGCCAAAGAUUUAGCGGAGAAGAUGCAGCGUUUAACAACUGAGAGGUCAGAUGAAGCUGCAGCUGAUGUUCGAACCUCCGGCUCCAUUUCACCAGCAGACUUCUUCAGUCAUACUCCGAAGGAGAAUUCCACCUUCCAAAUCCCUGUUUCAUGUGACACUGACGGUUUGAUAAGCCAGGCGUUGCUGGUUGGUAACUUCGAGGGUGCUGUUGAUUUGUGUCUCAAUGAUGGUCGCUAUGCUGAAGCCAUUUUGCUGUCCAUCAGCGGUGGAGAGGAUCUUCUCAAGAAGACACAGCAGAAAUACCUUAGCAAGCAAAAAAACAGCAUUUCAAUGCUUAUAUCAUCAGUGGUGACCCAGAACUGGAGAGACAUAGUACAGAACUGUGAGCUUGACAACUGGAAGGAGGCCCUCGCUGCUCUACUGACUUACGCUCAUCCAGAAGACUUUGCUUGUUUUUGUGAUACCCUGGGAAACCGGUUGGAGCACGAGGGCACAGAGAAGCGCUGCCUGCAGGCCUGUCUAUGUUACAUCUGCUCGGGAAACAUUGAAAAGCUAGUGGAGUGCUGGGCCUUGCACAGAGACUGCUCUUCUCCUCUUGGGCUGGAGGAUCUGGUUGAAAAAGUAAUGAUGCUACGAAAAUCAAUUGAGCGCCUCCGCAACAGCGAAGUAGCAGUGCAGAGUCCUAUUCUGGCUGAGAAGCUAACCUGCUAUGCUGGCAUACUGGCUGCAGAGGGCAGCUUAGCAACUGCAAUGACAUAUCUGCCUGACAACUCGGACCAACCUGGGAUCAGGAUGCUGAGAGACCGGCUGUCUCAUGCUCAGGGAGAGGCUGCUGCCCAACAACAGGCUUCAAAUACCUUCAACAGGGUCGGCGGGCCAACAGCUAACCCCAUUUCUGUAGCUCAAACUCAUGCACCUAAAGCACCAAUUAUGAGUCAGUACCAGCCAUCUGCUCCAGCCCAGGUGACGACCCAACAACAACCUGCAAUGCCAUCGAUUUUUACUCCGCAAGUCCCUCCACCCAACCCAGGCCCGGGUCUGCCGUCCUCCACUCAUGUUCAUCCACCCAGUUCCACCCGCCCAGUUGUAAGACCUCCCUACCCGCAACAUCCUGCUGCAGCACCAGCUUUCUCUUCUCAUCAGCCAUUCCAGCCUCAGCCUGUUUCCACUGGUGGACCCUUCUCUCCUACAGGCCCGCCCAUGCCAGCAGCAAGCUUAUCAGGGCCUCCAUUACCCCCUUCAUCCUCCACCCCUGGAGGCCUACCCCCCACUCCGAGCCCAGGGGUGCCCCCAAUAGGCUUUGUGCCCUCUACCUCUUUACCCUCAGGCAUGACGCCGCCCAGCUCGCAACCAGGAGCCCCAGGUCCCAUGUACCCAGGCAGCUUCCACAGCCAAGGCCCAUCCCCUCCCAUGGCGUCUGGUUCCUACCCUCCUAUGGGAGCUGGAUACCCACAAGGAGGUCCUGGAGCUCCUGCAGCAAAGCCCUUCCAGGCUCCUGUUGUUGCUCCUCCUCCUACAGGACCACAAGAAGGCUGGAAUGACCCACCAACGGUACGCGGUGGACCCAGAAAGAAGAAGGUCCCUGACAACUACACUCCACCAGCCCCAAUCACUGCUCCUGUAAUGGGUUUCCCAGUGGAGGCUCCACAGCCGCAGAACCACACCCAGGUCCCCCCUGGAGCCCCUCAGGAGCCCAGUGUGCAGGUUUGUUUCAUAACAAUGGAGGCUUUUUCUGAAUUCUCUCUUAUCUGCUCUGCAAAAAUGUCAUCAGCUUCUUUUUUGUGUACAUUUGUCACUCAGCUCCUCCAGCAGCUGCCAGCAGAAAGAGUGGAACAGAAGGAAAUCCCAGCGGAACACAUGGUCCUGAAAACCACCUUUGAUAGCUUAGUUCAGCGUUGCCAGCUGGCAGCAGGAGAUCCUCAAACAAAACGGAAGCUUGAUGAUGCUGGAAAGCGUUUGGGAAACCUGUACGAUAAGCUGAGAGAGCAGUCGCUCUCUCACAAUAUCCUGGGCGGACUCCAUGAGAUCAGUCGCUGCGUAGCGAGCCAGAACUACCAGCGGGGCCUGGAGGUCCACACUCAGGUGGUCAGCAGCAGCAACUUCAGCGAGAUCUCUGCCUUCAUGCCCAUCCUCAAAGUGCUCAUGACCAUCGCCAACAAGCUGGGCGUUUAAAACCUGCAGACAACACCAACCACUCUUCAGUGUUACCAUGAUGUUGUAUACGUAUUUAUUUUCCUUUAAGAGCCGACGAGGUGUCAGCCAUGAGAAUAGUGGCUGAUGCCGUUACAGAACCUGGUUCUGAUGGUUCCUCACAGAGGAUGAGUGUGUUUGAAGCAGAAAGGUGGAGUUUUAUGGGUAUCUGUUGAUGUUGCUGUGCUUAUCUUUGCCAGAAGAUGAAUGUAUUCAGAAAGUGGCUCGGUGUAAAUUCAAAUAGUGAUGUGAUACAUGAAACCGGUUGUUUAAAAAGUAGGUGCAUUUUCAUAAAACACGUUACAUAGUGCUGCAGUGUGUAUUUUUCUUUAAAGCGCUGGCAGAUGUUCCAACAGCUUAACAGACAUGCAACACUCCAGCUGCAACAACAAAACAUUCAGGGCUCACAUUUUCAUAAAUUAUGAAUAAAAUCUGGGUCAUCCUCACAAUCCACCCUCUGCACUCGGUGAGGGAGGACUACGACUACACAAUGUGUGCCCCUUUUUAAAAACGAGCUGCAUUACAGGCAUUUUGUGAACUCCGUCAUUAAAUUUUUGAUUGUUCUGUAAUUAUGGUGCAGGGAGAUUCUGGGCCAAAGCACUGAAGAAUGUUUUGUCUAAUAAGUAGAUUUUAUUUUUAGUUUCAGUAAGAUUCAACAUUAGCUAGUGUGAAUUUUUUUUUCUUCCCAUUUUGCCCUCAUAUUUGCUUUGCUGUGCAUGCUUUCCUCUAUUUACCCUCAGAUAACUUUAAAUAGCAGCUUCUAGAACAAAACUUAGAAUAUUUUCUGUUUGAACUGCAAAUAAAUGAGCCUGUCCCACUGUU